UAAGAUUCGAGGCUGUCAGAGAUGAGAUCGCCGUCGUGGAUGCCGGUCAUUGGCAGAGAAAUUUGACAAUGUGGGGUUCUGAGUGCGGCGAUGAAGGAGCACAUAGAUCUCGAAUCUCAGCAAAGAAGCCAACUUUUUGGCUCGCUGCUUCCGUUCUUGAGCAAGAAGCUUCAGAAAUGGCGGAGGAAGCAGAAGACGAAGAAGACGAAGAAGCAGGGGGAGGACAAUGACAAGGCUAACCCUAAAUCCUCCAGAAGGUUCCGUGAGACUCAGUCGGAGAUCGCCGUCGACGCUUUCGGCCGGCGAUCGUGCGAUCUGGCGCCAAGAUUCUCCCUGGAUGCUGGCCGGAUCUCGUUGGACGAUCCAAGGUACUCCUUUGAUGAACCUAGGGUUUCUUGGGACGGUUACUUGCUCGGCCGAUCCGUACACCCUCGGCUUGCUCCAAUGCUCGCCGUCGUCGAGGACGUCCCGACUCCCGUGAUCCAUCGAUCGGACGGUCAGAUCCCGGUCGAAGAGGAUCUAACGGUCCCCGGCGGCUCUCAGCAGACGAAGGAAUACUACAACGAUACUUCAUCUAGAAGCCGGAGGCGGAGCUUGGACAGAUCGAAUUCAGUCAAAAGAUUGAGCGUGGAGAUGAACGAGGCAAAGCCUGUGUCCAAUGCAAAGGUCUCACCUGCUGGCAACACUGAGUUCUUCAGAGAUUGGAGCUCCAAUUCUACGAGAGAGAAUCGGUCUGAGAGCUUUGGGUCCGCUUCAAUAGAGGACUCACACAAGCUUCAUCCAAGUAAGAAGGCAAAAAGAUGGAGCAUUUGGGGAUUUAUACACCGAUGGAGUAGUAGCAGGGGAGGAGACAAUGUUGUUGAUACAUCGUUUUCCGAGUCUUGGCCGGAGUUGAGAUUUAAUGGAAAGGUUUCAAGGAGUAAUAGCAAUGUGAGCUCGAGGAGUUCCAUUUAUGGCAAUGUCGGGUUCAGGAGCACGAAGCAGAACGGGUUGGAGACGAAUGGGACCGGGAAGAAGAAGAGGGACGAGUUUGUGUUGGAGAGGAAUCGAAGUGCAAGAUUUUCUCCAGGACAUGUCGAUAAUGGGAUGUUAAGGUUUUACUUGACGCCGAUGAGAGGUAGCCGAAGGGGAUUGGGGAUGAAUAGGCCCAAUAAUAGUUAUCAUUCCUUUACGAGGAGUGUGCUUGGACUGUACUAAGCCUGAAAUUGGCUUCUUACUCAGGUUCCUGUUCUACCUAGAUGUAAUUUGAUAAUCCUUUGGUUGUUCUUUUAUGGAUAGAGUGGUAUAAACUUAACAUUGGAUACUGGUUGGUUAAUCCAAAGUAUUGCCUUA